AUGGCGAUACAGCGUGCUGACACGCUCAAGCUCGCUGUCCACAAUGUGGCACAGCCAAAGUCGCUGAAGGAAGAUCUGUUCCCGAACGACCACUUCCUCGGCGUCCGCGUCUUGCAUACGCCCCCAAACCCGCAGGUCGAUAUCAUUUUCAUCCAUGGAAUCACCGGUCAUCCAUACAAGACCUUUGCCACGAACGGCGCCACUCCCAUCUACUGGCCGACCCAGCUAUUGGCGCGAGACGUUCCAGAGGCCCGGAUUCUCUCGUUCGGGUACGACGCUGAUGUUGCCAAGUUCUUGGGACCAGUGGGACAGAACGACAUUCGGGAGCAUGCGGCCACUCUGAUUAGUGACAUUGCAACUGUGCGGAUUGAAGACCAUGCAGCUAGACGGCCCAUCAUCUUGGUUGUUCACAGCCUUGGAGGCCUGGUGGCCAAGAAAGCCCUGUGUCUCUCAGAGCAGGCUGCGGAGCAACAUCAGAAACAGCUUCAUGAAUGCGUGACGGCUGUUGCGUUCCUGGGAACGCCGCAUCGUGGCUCCGACCUGGCCCCGUUCGCCGCGGGCGUGGCUCGCAUCCUCAAGGCAUCCAACUCACGGGUCAAUGUCGAUAUCAUUCGUCUACUGCAGCGCGAUUCUGAGGCUCUCGCUGACAUAGAGGCUGCCUUUGGCAUCUGGCUGCGGAAAAACACCGCUCGUUUCCAACUGACAUGCUUCUUCGAGGAACGAGAAGUCGUCGGCGUCGGCAUGGUUGUGAACAAGGACUCGGCCAAGAUUAGCGGUUAUCCCCAACUACCGGUCCCCACAAACCACAUGGACCUCGUUCGAUUUGCUAGCACAGAAGAUACUGGGUACCGCCGGGUGCUUGGUGAGCUGCGGCGCUGGCUGCGGCAUGGAACAUCUGCUACUGAGGUUGCUUCGGACAAGCUGGACUUUGACGCUUGCAUGUCGACUCUUUUCUUCCCAGAGAUGAACGCACGCGGGGCUGACGUAGAGACUGCUGCUGCUGGUACCUGUCGUUGGAUCCUGGAGCAUCCCACCUACCUGCAGUGGCACGCCAACGGCCAAGGCCUGCUCUGGGUGAAGGGCAAGCCCGGUUGUGGAAAAAGUACGCUGAUGAAACAUGUCAUCAAGAACUCGAGUGAUGUUCACCCGGACGGUGCAACUCUCAAGAUCUGUUUCUACUUCCACGGCCGCGGGACUGACCUCCAGAGAUCGCCACUGGGGCUUUUCCGUGCACUGGUGCACCAGAUCGGUCAAGCUUACCCUCGAGCUGUGAGCUCCAUCGUCAACCACUACAAAAAGAUGGAUGAGAGCCUGGCAGGGCCCUGGUCAUGGCGUCCUCAGGAUCUCGAGGACUUUUUCGUUUCCGACGUUCUUCCUGCCCUGUUGAGGAGAUCAGGACUUUGCAUCUUCAUCGAUGCCCUGGACGAGUGCGGCGAGAAAGAGGCCCGGCGCCUCGUACAGUUCUUCACGCGCAUCUACGACACGUCUGCCUCGAGCUCGUAUCGAGUCAGCAUUUGUUUCUCGUGUCGCCACUACCCCAUCAUCGCCCCGGACAACUGCGAGCAAGUAGUUGUCGAGUCGGCCAACGACAAAGACAUUGCCAGGUACAUCGACCAAGAGCUCACACGCGUGGUGACAAGUCCGGAAGACCUCGAGGCUCUCCGUCAGAAAGUAGAAGAGCAGGCGCGCCAGGUGUUUUUGUGGGUGGUGCUCGUCAUCCCUCAGGUCGUUUGGAAAUACAACGAAGGCAGUACUGUCGAGGAAAUAGUGGACUACAUCGACAAGAUCCCGCCCCAGCUCCACAACCUCUACGCAAAUCUCAUAACGGAACUCAAGGAGAAGAGCGCACUGAAAUCCAAGCAACUUUUCCAAUGGAUCUGCUUCGGCACCGAGAACCUUCCCGUCGACCGUCUGCGGGAUGCGCUGAACUUUGACGGAGAAGCUGGCAUACAGCGAGGGGCCUACGAGAACUGGUUGUCGGCGUCAGACACGAUCCGAUCGAACGACCAGAUGGUGAAGAAACUUCGGGUGCUUUCUGCCGGACUCGCAGAGAUAUCGAAUGGCGUUGUGCAGCUUGUUCACCAAACCGUCCAAGACUUUCUCUUCGAGAAAGGCUUCGCCAUGCUCGAUGGCGUCGAGGCACUGUCAUUGACUGAAAUAACGGGAGCGAGCCACCACAGGCUGGCGAAAUCCUGCCUGCUUUACUUUGCCUCUAUCGAAAAGGGGAUCCGUGGUGAACUCUCUUCUUUUGAUGCCCGCCGCGCCAAUCACGACAAGGUGCGCCUUUAUGAGCUGACCGAGAAAAGCUACUAUGACCAUCCAUUCCUUGCCUACUCAGUACGCUACCUGUUUACGCACUGCGCGUCAGCCGACGAGGCUGGGUUGAGCCAGGGUUUCAUCAACGACUUUCUUGGGGAUGAUCGCGACGAGGUCAUCUCCAACUGGGCGAAGAUUGCGACAUCUGACAACAUAGAAACCCAGUUUUGGGAGGACGUAUCAGGCGCCCCAGAAUUCGGUACCACAUUACUACAUGAGGCUGCCAAACACAACAUCAAUAGUCUCGUCCCGGACUUGGUCGGCAGCACGCAGAAGUACACCGGCGCUCGCGACUUCAACAACCGGACACCACUGGUGUAUGCCGUAUGGAACGGACGCCAAGGGAUUGUGAAUUAUUUGAUCAGCAAGCCGCAAACUGACGUAAAUGCAUACAUCAAGAGCGGCUCCCAGAGCUUUACCGCUUUUCAGUUGGCACUUUUGCUCGGGUUUCAGCGGAUCGCCCUGGACAUUUACAACCACUCAGACUUUGAUCUCGACGCGCACUGGACCAUCAAGAAUGGCUGGGUCCACGAGACUGACAUGACGACGUUCAACCAUCGAGGCCUGUCGUCGGGCAAUUUUUCGCGCGCGAUUGAUCUCACGAUUGCCCACGAUGACAUGGAAGAAGUCUUUGACAGGCUUUUGGCGUCGUAUGAUCGGCAAAAGCCGCUUUCUUGA